GUGUAGUGGGCUGUGGAACUUGUCGCUGGAUCCCGUCGCCCCUAGAGAAUCUCGUCUCAAGCCCGAUCCGUCUCUGGGCAAGACUGAGUCCGGGGGAGACGCAGACAUGUUUCAAGGACGAGGGUCUCCCGUGGUCUUGGUAGUGGCCCCCGGCUUCCCUGUGCUCUUUGCGAGGAGGAGCCCUCCUUCUUCGGUGGUCUCGCUUAGCUUUCCAGGUAAAGUAUGGCUAAAAGCUUACGGAGUAAGUGGAAGAGGAAGAUGCGUGCAGAAAAGAGAAAAAAGAAUGCCCCAAAGGAACUCAGCCGACUGAAAAGUAUUCUUAAAAUAGAUAGUGAUGUUUUAAUGAAAGAUGUUCAAGAGAUAGCAACUGUGGUGGUACCCAAACAUUGUCAAGAGAAAACUCAGUGUGUGGUACAAGAUGAAAAAGAUGACAUGAAAAUGGAGACUGAAAUUAAGAGAAACAAAAAGAGUCUUCUAGACCAGCAUGGACAGUACCCCAUAUGGAUGAACCAGAGACAAAGGAAAAGGCUGAAGGCAAAGCGAGAAAAAGGGAAGGGGAAAAGCAAAGCAAAAGCAGCAAAGGCGGCCAAGGGUUUGGCCUGGUAGACUCUUAAAAACUUGAAAACCCCUACAUGGGACAGGUCUUUGAUUAGAAUGUAUACAUGGAUUUCAAUUUCUACCAAGCGAAAACUUUGUUUCCAGAUUUAACUUGACCCUGUUCUUCAAUUCAAACCCACCUUAACUCCUCAACUUUGUUUUGGGAUCUUGAAUAAAAUAUUCUCAUUGAUAAAUGAGAGCUACGCUGGUACUUUAAUUGGAUGCCGUCCAGUGUGAAGGGAUUCUCAGAUAUCACAGUUCUCUCAAGUGUUACUGUGGCUGUAACUAUUUGGUCUCAGUAAAGAUGAAGAAAAAAAGACCUACUGACAAAUUUGAGGUGAUUCAGGUUUAAAGAAAACUUUUAUACAAUUUAAAAUACAAUGUGAGUAGAAGCAUUUCUUGUUUGGAGUUUUGCUUUUGUUUAAUUCAGAGUAAAAGAUAUUUUGUCAAGAU